AUGGGCACAGACUCCGUCAGCGACGGGGCAGAGUUACCCACCGCUGCCGACACCGUGAUCCAUGAUGACGGUGUACAGCAAGGCAGAAAAAGGAAGAGGGCGUACGGGACGACGACGUCGAUGGAACGAGGCGUGGCCAGACUGACGCCCGAGCAGCUGGCCAAGAAGCGAGAGAACGACCGCGAAGCACAGCGCAACAAUCGAAGACGCACAAAGGCUCAGAUCGAGAUGCUCCAAUGCCAGAUCGCCGAGCUGACCAGUCAGGAUACCUACCAGGACUUCCUCGCCAUGAAGAGGGCCAAGGAGGCCGUGGAGAGGGAGAAUGCCGACAUCAAGAGUCGUCUCUCCGUCAUGAUGGGAGAUAUUCAACGAAUUAUCGGGACAUAUUCUUACUCGAGUGUCGAGCGGCGACGCGACACGGAUGCCGUGGGGUCCGAGGAGCGGCCCGGCCUCGGCUUCCUCCUCCGCCGUCCGAGCCAGGGCGGGGCGGCGGACGACCCGGCCGCCUCGCUGCACGCCCGCCCCGUGAGCAACUGCGGGCCGACGUGCCCCCUCGACUCCCUACUGCUCGACUUCCUCAGCGAGCGCCGCCGCCGCUGGGCGGACGGCAUGCCGGCGCGCGACGUCGUGGGUCCCGAGUACCCGUGCGUGUCGUCGCUCGUCCGCGCGUCCGAGGGCGCCCGCAGCCACCCCGUCUCGCGCGUGCUGACCGACAUCCUGUCCACCUUCCCCGACAUCUCGACCCUGCCGGAGCGCGUCGCCGUCCUGUACGUCAUGUUCCUCGUCGUCCGGUGGCAGAUCGCGCCCACCCGGGACAGCUACCUCCGCCUGCCCUGGUGGAUGCGUCCCGGACCCGCGCAGCUCGCCCACCCCCACCCCGCUUGGAUAGAUCACCUGCCCUUUCCGGCUAUGCGGGACAUGCUCGUCCGCACAUACGGCGGCGACGCCGGCGGCGACGCCGGCAGUAUGCACCGCUUCGACGACUUCUUCGUGCCCUUCACCACCACCAUCCGUCUCAACUGGCCAUACGAGGAGACGGACACGCUCCUGCAGAGAUCUGCUUCCUCCCGAGAUCGUGACGACGGCAGCGAGGGCGGCGCCGAGGGCGGGGCUGACGACCUUGUCAUCAACCCCGUCUUCGAGACGCACCUGCGUGAUCACGAGAAUUGGUCGCUCGGCGAACCGUUCAUCAGGGCGUUUCCCUCGCUGCUGGGGACCUGCAAGAUUGAUUAUUCCCUCAAGGGCGCAAAGGGCAGAGGUUGA